CAGAUGUGCUCCAAGUAGGCGGAGUUGAUUCGACUGGUGUCUGCAGAGUGCAGCUGUGGACCUCCAGAUGCUCCGCCCGGUUACGCGUGGGAUAAGAUCACGUAACAGGAGCGUUUUUAAAAACACCCCUCGCAGCGGCUUUUCGAAACCUUUCCGCAUUUUGGUGUCGAUACGUUAGUGUCUGGCAUCCCAUAUGUACUACAGCUAAGUUUUCAAGAAGCUUUUUGUGGUGCUUCAUUCGACUCUCUUUUCAUUUUUCAUUGCGUCUUUUUUCGGUUACUUUGCAGAUCGCCUUGCCGGUCAUCUAGUAUCAUAACAUCAGGACCGCCGUCAGCAUGGAAUUGACAGACUUCUUCAUUGUACUUCUGGCCACUUGUCAAGGUGUUUCCACUCUGUCAGUAAGCAAAAGCAACAUCUCAGGUUAUGAAUUGCUAGCAGCCAGUGUGGAAUGUUUUUAUAAUGUGAGAUCCUCAAACUUUGUUAAGUACUGGUGCAGAGAAGACAAGCUGGGGAAUUGCGAAAUACUGCGUAAAACCAGCGAGCCUCCAACAACUGGAGAUAAAAUUGUUAUCAGCGACGACCAAACCCAUGGAGUGUUCACAGUGACAAUCAAUAGACUGGAGAUGUCGGACUCAGGCGUGUACCGGUGUGGUAUUGAAAACCCGGGCCACAGUGUUAAUGCAGUGGUGAGACUUGCUGUUCUAAAAGGUGCCUCCACUCUGUCUGCAAAGGAAAGACACACCUUAGAAUUCGUGAGACACCCGAUCAGCAUGCAGUGUACCUAUUACUUAGGAUACUCAUCCUUUAUUAAGUACUGGUGUAAAGGAGACAGUCAGGGGAAUUGUGAAAUACUGUGUAAAACCAACACGCCUCAGAAAAAUGGAGACAGAAUUAUUAUAAGCGACAAUCAAACCCAUGGAGUACUCACACUGACAAUCAAUAAAGUGGAGAGAUCAGAUGUGGGCACUUACUGGUGUGGCAUUGAAAAGCUGGGCCUCAAUGCUAAAGCAUCGGUGACACUUAAGGUACUAAAGGGAUUUUAUGCAUGGAAUGACUUUCCAUUUGAAUGAAUACAUUUUCAGAUAAUCUUUUCUUUUUGCCUUUCUAUGGUUUUAACUUUUGCAUUUGGUCCACUGCUGUCAUUCCUUUAGUAUAACCCCAUCUAUUUUCUUAUUUCUUCUCCGAACAGUGUGGGUUGCAGCCUAUUCAGGCAUUACUGGGCAAACCCCUGACCACUCUGCCAAUGUUUUGUUAUCCAAUUUGUGUGUUAAAUUUGAAGUAAUCUGGAAGAUUAAUAUUUAUCAUGAUGAUGUUUCUGCUUGUAUAUUAAGUUGCUAAUCCAUUUGUA